AUGUCCACGGCUAGUAUUCAUUUCCUCGACGCUGUCGUUCCUACCAAGGGCGAAAGCGAAGAUAAACGCCAGUCAUCAAUCAGUGUUCCGUCUUACUCUUCCGUCAAGCCCAAGCUACCUGUAAGAUGGCAGGCAGCGAUGAUUGCAUUAACAUGCAUGUGCACAUUCGGACACCACUGGUCUAACGGUAUCGUUACGACUCUGAAGACAACGAUAGAACAAGAACUCAAGAUCAAUAAUUCAGAAUUUGCUACGCUAGCAUCUGUGACGAAUAUGGUAAACACAUUUCUCUGUAUCGCCUUGGGUUUCAUUAUCGACAAAUUUGGAGGCCCACUGCUGUCUGCCAUACUCGCCGCAUUUUGUCUUGCAGGUGCUGUAGUAGAGGCUGGCGCGACGACAGAUGGACUCAAUAGUUACCAUAUCCUCAUGGUGGGCAAGAUCAUUGCUGCCAUCGGGGGCGGAUCCCUCGACAACGCACAGCACAAGAUAUUCACCACGUAUUUUGCACCGGGGAGUGGUUUCGCAACGUCUAUAGGCUUCAUAUGGUCGAUGGCAAAUGUGGCUCAAUAUGUCGGACAGAGCACCGCAAACGUCAUGUCUCAAAAUCUUGGUUCAUAUUCCUGGCCACUGUGGACAGGCGCCAUCAUAGGCUUUUUCUCGUUUCUAUGCGCUGUUUCCGUCUUCGUCCUCGACAAAUACCUUCGUUUAUCUUACGAGGUCGUCGAUCGCUGCGAACAAUCUGGCCAGCCAAGUGCGGCCAACGUCGAAGGUGGAAUAUUCAAUUGGUCGAUUGUGCGCCAAAUGCCCCUUACGUUCUGGUUUGUGGUUCUUUUUGCAACUUUCCAAAACGCUGGUAUGGCAUCGUUCAUAACGGUAUCUACGCAAUUUGCACAGCAAAGGCUCCAGAAAGGAGCCGUAGUUGGCGGAUGGGUGUCGAGUUUUUACUUGAUCCUUCCUAUUGGACUUAACCCUUUGUUGGGCAUGUUCAUUGAUGCAUACGGGCGUCGUGUAACGAUUUUGUUUCUUUCGGCAUGUAUGUUUCUCAUCUCCAUGCUCCUGUUAAGAUUUUCGCAGACAGUACCGACAUUCAUCUGUGGAUAUGUAUUUUAUGCGCUUGCUGGGAGCAUUACCUCGGCUCCGCAAGUAGAGAUCAUACGCAGCAUCAUACCUGAUCCUCAUUACUAUGCGACAGCCUUCGCAGUCAAGAAGUCGAUUAUUCAGGGCUCCGUAAUCAUCAUUGUGACAGCAACGGGGAAGAUCCAAGACCUAUCCUCCACCGACUCCCUCGAGGGUGCUGUGACGGUCUGGCUUGCGUACGCGUUUGUGUCCGUGCUCAUCUCAGGUGCGCUCCUGGGUGCCUGCUACACGUCGUUGGGAGAGCGCUAUCUGCCUGCCGUGCGGCUCUCGCAGGUGCGCCCGAAAUAUGUAGAGAGGGAGGUAGAGAGGCUUUGGGAGCUACGUCAUACUAUUACAGAAGAAGGCCCGAGAGACGAGAACCUGACUCUGAGUCAGAAGGAUGAAGCGUUGAAAAGACCCUUGUCAAGUUCUGUGUCAUUGUAUGCACGCAGGGUAGCGCUCGGGGCUGGGUUUACCAUAGUCCUCAUAGCGUGGGUAAUAUUUGGCUUUGGUAUUGACUGGGGCGACCAUGCGAGUGCCACUGGGGAAUGA